AUGAAGAUGCCAUUUGGAGAGCUCAACGACUCAUUUAAAAAGACGUCAUCUUACAACUUUGAAGAUCCACUUAAAAGUACUUCACUCCAAGAGAAUGACACGGCUGGAAGAGCACUGUUCCAAGAAUUCAAAGACUCCUUCGAGAGGACAUUUAAGGAGUUCCUUGAAAUAGAAAGACUAAAGAAAAAGAUAGAGUCAACAACAAUGUCGAUUGCCCUACUCAAUGGUUGCAUUGCAAAGCUGAAUGGACUUCAAAUGUCAUACCCAAUAAUCGUUGGAAACGGCCUGUCAAGAGCCUCAAUCGCAAACAUUGGCACUUUCCCACCUUACGGCUAUAAUAAAAACUAUGUCUAUCCAAUGAACUACAGCGUUAAAAAGAGAUUCAAGCCUCACUCAAACUACAAAAAGAGCAUGAACAACAAAGUCCUUUAUGUUUGUACGAUAGAAAAUGAUGGAAUAGUCGUGACUGCUGACGAUGGAUUUGUAUGGAAAGGGUCAAAUGUAUGGCGUGAUGUCAAAAGGGAUCUUGGAAUAGUUGAUGAGUUUGACAGUAUUGAAGACUUUAUGGCAUUGACAAAUCCCACUGUUAUUAAAAUGAUUGAAAGUAUUGGGGAUGUGAGCAAUUUUGAAGGAUACAUCCAAUUUAGUAAAAGAGCACAAUAA